AGCAGCGAGUGCGAGCAGAGAGUGCGAGCAACAGCGUGGAGGCGGGGGAGAGCGAAGAGAGAGAGAGAGAGCGAGAGCAGGGCAGGGGUGGGUUUCAAGGCAGACGCCUGUGGAUUUGGUGGUGGUGGUGUUUGGUGGUGGCGGUGGUAUUGCCUGCCGGGCGUGGUGCUGACCACCCCCCAUCUCCCUCGUGUGUCCCGUGCCAGCCCUCGGGAGGUGCCACUCGCAAAACAGCACGUGCCCCCCCCCCCCCCACGAACGCUCUGCCAAGCGAGGUGACACGGGGGGGUCUGUCUUGUUGGCGGACUCUGUGUGUGCUGGGGGAGCGGCGCGGCUGGAACCAUCGCGCAGAGCGGCUCCCACCAGCAGCAGCAGCAGGAGGGAGGAGGUGGUGGAGGAGGAGGAGCGGUCACAUUACCGGGCGAUCGAGGGAGCGAGCGGGCGGGCGCCAUGACAGACGCCGUGUUCGGCAGCAGCGUCGCUGACCGCUGGGUCUGCCCCAACGACCGCCACCUGGCCCUGCGCGCCAAGCUCAACACGGGCUGGUCGGUGCACACGCACCGCUCGGAGAAGCAGCGCAGGAGCGAGACGCUGAGCGAGGAGGAGCGCGAGGCCAUCCACAAGGUCAUCGAGAAAGCCGAGAAGAUGGAGCUGCUGGAGCAGGAGCGCAUCGGGCGGCUGGUGGAGCGGCUGGAGAACAUGAGACGGAACGCGCUGGGCGAUGGCGCCGCGCGCUGCGUGCUGUGCGGGGAGCAGCUGGGCCUGCUCGGCUCGGCCGCCGCCCUCUGUGAGGACUGCAAGAAGAACGUGUGCACCAAGUGUGGCGUCGACUCCGUGUGCAGCCGCCAGCGUCCGCUCUGGCUGUGCAAGAUCUGCAGCGAGCAACGAGAGGUGUGGAAGCGCUCCGGAGCGUGGUUCUUCAAGGGGCUGCCCAAGUACGUGCUGCCCCCCAAGACGUCCGGGGCGGGGGGCCGGCACGACUCGCGGCCCGUCGCGGCCACGGUCCUCGGCAGGAACCCGCAAGGGGCGGCGGCGGCGAGGGACCAGGCGGCCUCCGCGCCCGACACGUGCACCUACACCUGGGUGCGCGGUCGCGUGAGGAUGGGCGAGAGCGACUCCGACUCGGAGCGCAACUCCAGCUCGGACGAAGACGACGCGGGGACCCGGAGGGCGCGGCACGCGGCGGGCGUCGCGCGGGCCGACUCCGCGAGCAGCGACGGAGCCGGCGCGUGGCCGGCAGGGUCGGCGGGCGGCAAGCUGAAGGGCGCGCAGGGCGCGCUGGGCAGCCGGGGCAGCGUGGGCAGCGGGGGCGGAGGUGCCGGCGGCGGGUUUGGGGGAGCGACGAGCGCCACCGAGAGCUGCCAGGGCGACGCUGCCGGCGACGGCGACAGCGACGCGAGCCGGGAGGGGUCGCUGCGCUCGCGUCUCUCCCUCGCCCCCUCUGACACCUCGUCGUCACUGGCCACCUCGUCGCACGCCGACGACGACGUCGACCGCGCCUUCUCCGCCUUCGCCGCCACCACCGCCGCGACACCGUCGCAGCAGCAGCAGCAGGCCGACCCAAACGACUCGGACGAUGCCACGACGCUCGGCUGCCUCGAGUUCAGUCUCCUCUACGACCAGACCGGCAACAUGCUGCACUGCACGCUGCUCCGUGCCAGGGGUCUAAAGAGGAGCCACUCAGGGGGGCACGCGGACCCCUACGUCAAGCUGCACCUCAUGCCCGGAGCCAGCAAGGCGAAUAAGCUUCGCUCCAAGACGGUGAAGCACACGCUGAACCCCGAGUGGAACGAGCGCCUCACGUACCACGGCAUCACGGACGAGGACAUCUUGAAAAAAACCUUACAGGUCUCGGUGUUCGACCAGGAUCGGAUCGGUCACAACGAGUUCAUUGGCGAGACGCGCGUCGCCCUUCGCCGGCUCAGCCCCCAGCAGGCCAAGAGCUACAACGUGUGCCUGGAGAAGCGGCUGCCUACGGAGCGGGAGGCGGGGGAGCGGGGAGCGCAGCGGGAGCGCGGCCGCGUGCUGCUCGCGCUGCUCUACAGCAGCCAGCGCGGCGGCCUCGUCGUGUCCGUGAUGCGCUGCGCUCACCUCGCCUCCAUGGACUCCAACGGCUACUCGGACCCCUUCGUCAAGAUACAGCUGAACCCCGACUCCGGGAAGAAGUUCAGAUUCAAGACCGCGGUGAAAAAGAAGUGCCUCAACCCCGAGUUUAACGAGGAAUUCUUCUUCGCCCUCCGGCAGAACGAGCUCGCCGGCAAGAGCCUGGAGGUCGCCGUGUGGGACUACGACCUCGGCAAGUCCAACGACUUCAUCGGCUCCGUGGAGCUGGGAGCGAAGGCAUCGGGAGAAGCGCUCAAGCACUGGUACGAGUGCCUCAAGUACCCGGACAAGCGGGUGGAGCGCUGGCACAUGCUGGGUGACGCGGCACCCUCCAAGCACUAGCACGUCGGGCAGCCACCCCCGCUCUUCAGAGCCAGAAUUCGGCUUCCUUGAAGCUGCCGCCAACGCUUGGAAAAUGUCGGCGGUGCAAGCACACGGGGGCUUCAUUUCUCGCCGGAUAUUUUCCGGGUGACCGUUAUAAGAUUGCAGUCGUUGUCACGUGGUUACUAGUUGGCCAAAGUCAUAACAAGAGGUACACUGGAUGUGGUGUGCCAGGUGCGAAAAUAUUUUACAGGUCACCGACCCGAGACCGACGCAGUUCAGAUUAAACCUCCGAUUGAGAUUCAGCACUUAUGAAUGCGUUGGGGGGGGGGGGGGUGCAGAGAUUUGUGGAACUCCCAAACCCGCCCAUGUCUCUCGAGUAUUCUGCAUAUGUUAAUGAUAUUUUCUUAUUAUAGACUGACAAAUUCUCCAACGUGACUUUCAACCAACACCACCAUCUCAUGACUAAUAACCAUAACCACUACAUCACAACCCACCGGGGCAGUCAGGAGCAACCAGCUCCACAUCCCGAUUCAUGAACAGAUUAAAAUAUCGGCAACCCUUCGUUGCUGUGGGGUAAAUUACAGACACCCCUACACAGUGACAAAAUUCAUGACUGUGCCACCACCCACCCACCCAAAGGACCUGCUGGUUUAAAUUGCGCCCAGAGGUUUGUAGUUUCCUUCUUGCCACGUGGCAAGGGAACCACACACAGGGCUUGACCACAACCGUAUUGUUAUGCACAAUGCAGUACCGCAAUCUUUCUAUAAAGUUUUCGCAGCCAAUAUAUGCGACAUUUACAAUUUUGCAGCACGGGUGGGUGCAUGUUAUACCAUCAUUUGUAACCGUUUGAUCCACAAUAAAGCUUAGUUUGAAACAUG